AUGGUACCUUUGUUGUCUUUGAUCCUCUAUCCUCUAUCCAGCUUGUGUUUUGCUGCGACAAGAUGUGCCGAUCUGACGGAAUUGCUGCAGUUUCAAAUGCUAUUCGCAUCCAAAUAUGGAAAGGAAUUUGUAUCAGCUGCAACUGAGCUCAUGCCUGAUUGUGGUGUUAAUCGCCAGUUGAUAGAACUGUUGUCAGUUCAUGCCCCAUCACCUGAAACAAAACUGAAGCUUCUGAAAGAAAUUGCGGAGGAGCAUCAAUUGGAUUGGGAUCCCGCCCCAGCUGAACUUAAUUUUUUUAAACGGCAUGAAGAUUUAUUGAAUGGCCCAACGCAGUUUGUUGGUUGGUCCAAGUUGCCACUUCCCACAGAAGAACAUGAUGAAACACUGAACACUGACGAAGGCCAUACAGAGCAGCCAGAUUCUGAUUCAGACUCUGAGCUGUUGGAUUUUCCUGAAGUUCCUAGGGUUUCAUUACAGUUGAGGACAAAUGAUGCCUCAGCACCAAAAAAUGGUUCUGUAAUAGCUGCUCCAUUUCCUGAAACUGAUCAUGAAUCAUUACACUAUUCUGAGCAUGAGAAUCUGACACAGGACGGGCACUUAAAAAAAACUGAGGAAUGGACGAAAGAAGAGUUGGGAGCUAGCAAAUAUGAAAUACCCAGUGCUGCCAUUGACGCCUUGGCAGAUAAACAAUUUUUGCCAUAUAUUUCUCCCCCUACAUUAUCAUCUGCAUCAUUCUCUGCACAACAGCAUAUUUCACCCCCUUCCCUCUCAAGUACCAAAAAUGAGGCGAAUGUUGAUUUACUAGAUGUUUUAGCUGCUGCUCAGGUUGCUGCUGAACAUGCUGCUGCAGCUGCUCGCUCGGCAACUAUUCUUGCACAGGUUACAAAUUCAGAAUUAGUGAGCUCACAGAAAAAGAAACGAGAGUAGCAGCGUGAGAACCCAUUUCAUGCAAAUAUACCCUUGAUCCGUUAGCUACUAGAGAUGAUCCACGGUUCAAUCACCAUAACUCUUGAAAAUCCUGAUGGUGUUCUAAAUUGUCCGGACUCUUAUCAUAUUCAUAAAGACCACAAGGUAUCAAAGUUCCCAAAUAUGUCUUCGUUUGACCGAAUGAAAUUGUCUGAUGAUAUAUUCCUUUUUUUUAAUGAGCAUGCUCCGGUAGUUAAUGAGGCUGCUCCUCGCCAACUUUAA